AUGCUCGGUGAAGCCGACGAGACCUUUGUAAAUCAUGUCCAUUCUCUCAUGUUGACAUUGAAUGUAUAUUGGUUUAAGCUGUUUGAAGGCCGGACUUAUACAGGCGGUGCUUUGUACUUACUUAUCAGAAAUUUUCCCAAGGAAGACCAAAUGAGACCAGAAAAUAUUAUCCUCGUUGAUGUCAUGCCUGACUGUUAUGGUGGUAUAGCUGCGAAGACUACCAAGUUCCCUAAUGGUACUACUGUCUAUACUGCUAUCAUGUAUGUCGCUUCCGAGAUACCUGCUGCUAGAAAUACUGCCGGAUUCCCAGAACAUGGCAUUAAGAUUAAUUACUUUGAGUGUGACAAUGAUUUUCAGAGUUGCAUCGCUUACAUGAUUGUUGAUCCCACACACAAUAUAUUUCUUGUGAUAGCGAACCGUAUGGCCAGUGUUUGA